AUGCCGGCAGCCAUGAUUCUCAGGUCACCUUAUUACCAAGUCAUCGACGGCGUCCGACGCUCCGCUAUAGUCCAACCGGAUGUCUUAAGAAAAGCCCUGCAUUUCACGCCAGUGAAGGGCGACAUCCUCCAGAUGUCUUAUCCAAAGUGUGGCACACAUUGGAUGCAGUAUCUGACGCUCCUAAUUUUAAACGAAGGGCGGCCCAUCAGGAACUACCAAGAGUUUUCGAGCAGCGGCCGAUCUGUCGAAUAUGCCGGCAUCGAGGGCUGGAAACCCCACAACGGUGAACGGACGCUUCCCUACAGAGCGAUGUUGACGCACCUGGACCCACCGCGGAAGAAACACCUCAACGCGGACGCCAAGUACGUGUACGUGGCGCGCAAUCCCUGGGACUGUUGCGUCUCCUUUUACCACCACGUCUCGAAUCUGAGUCCGUUCCGCUUCCAAGACGGGACCUUCGACGAGUUUCUCGACUCGUUCUUGAGGGGCGACUUCGGGUACGGUGACUACUUUGAUCACGUCUUGGCUGGUUACGCCCUGAAAGAUGAGCCCAACGUACUCUUCGUCACUUACGAGCAAAUCAAGGAGGACACACGCUCGGUUGGGCUAAAGCUUGCAUAUUUUUUGGACGAACGAUAUGGCAGGGCACUGGAAACGAAUGACUGCCUUCUCCGUACGUUGAUGGAGAGGUCGACGGUGGAACACAUGAAAAAGUUGCUUGUUUUGGACCUUAAGGGUGAAGAAAAUCCAGCGAUGAGUGGCCUCUUCAAGGGUCGAGAAGUUUAUGCCAAAGUUGGAUACCAGGGAGACAGAAGUGCGGGCCCCUUCGCCUUUGUUGAGAAUGCACUGCACGAUGUACAGCAACAGGUGCGUACCGCUCUUUGGGUAGGUGUGCAGAACCAAGUCCCCGCUCCCAGCCCGGAAAUUCAAGCUGGACCGGAAUAA